AUGUAUGAUAUAAGAAAUAAAGCAUUUUCGGAUAUUUUGACAAAUAAAUCACUUAAUGAUAUAUGCGGGAAAGAGCGGGAUAUAACAACAUGGAGAAUUUCAAUAGAAACAAAAUUGAAUGGUGAACAUGGAGCUCGUUUAGCAAUUUCAUUGACUCCAGAAUUAGCACCUGAAUCAUAUCAUAUCAGAAAUGAAAAAGCUUAUCGUCUCGGUGAAUGGAUUCAAAUAGCAAUUGCAUUUAACUCGCAUCAACUCUUAUUUUACGUGAAUGGUGCACGUGUCGGUAAAUUGGUACGUGAGUUUGGUGUUCUUUAUUCGGAAAUUCGGAGUGCAUGCAAAAGAUUGUAUUUGGGAACAGAUGGCAAUCGAUUUAGUCGUGAUGAAAUUAUUGGAUUUCGAGGUUACAUUGGAAAAUUACGCAUAACAGAUCAUUUCAUGGAUCAUUCAGAGCUUAUUCGAGAACAAUGGCAUGGAAAUAUUAUUGAAGAAAAUUUUGCAGAUAUCAAUCAGUGGAAAUAUCUCGGGAGUGAUUUGGGUAUACGAAAACAAGAAAUGUUAUGGGAGGAUAUACCACGAAAUAUUGAAAUACCUCAAUGUGGUCAGACAAUUUGUGAUAAUCCAAUGGUAGCAAGCAAUUAUUUGCGCUAUUGGAAUUUGCAUGCUAUUAAAAAAUUGAAAUAUCGUGUUGUUGUAAUCAGCGAUGAUGAUGGAAGUAAUGUGAAUGUAAGGACAGAUCCCAUUAUGCGACAACAUGUCGAACUUUUGAAGAUUUUUGCAUUAUAUAAUAUUACAUGGGAUCUUGAAUUGAUCAAUAUUCGCAACACAUCAUUACGACGUAAAACUAUUGUGUUUGGUUGUCAAUCAUCAGCAAUCGGUAAUAAACGUUGCGACAUCGAAUGUCGCCAUGCAAUUACCGGUGAUGAUGGUGGUGAUUGCAAAAUUCAGGAUAAAUGUGAAAAAUGGAUGCUUGGAAAUAAACAAUGUGAAUUGGAAUGUAACAAUCGUGAAAAUAACUGGGACAAAGGUGACUGUUGCACUGAUUUCACCUUCAGUGAUAAUCACUUCUGUAUUGAUCCUACUUCAAUCUACAGACGUUAUAUAAAUGUGGAAGAGUAUAAAACAGCAGUUGGAAUAGACAAUGAGAAUGGACUAACAGUACAAUUUGGUGAUUGGAAUGCAAGCGAUCUGGUGGGCUUUUCAACGUUUCCAUGGGAAAAAGAUAUUUAUAGUAAUCAAGGAGGAGUGCUACUUCGUUAUGACCGUUUCGGAACACCUGGACAAAUUAAUAAUUUAAUUCAUGAAAUUGGCCAUAUUCUUGGCCUUUGGCAUGUUCAUCACGGGAUAAGCGAAGUACCAUGUAGUGAUCCAUGUCAGGAGAAAACACCAUCUAUGGUGACUGGAACUCGGGAAAUUUCAUUCUAA